CAACUCUCCCUCUCCCCUUGUUACAGAGCUUUUAAAUUCAUUUUCAUAACCGCAGUAUAAAUCUAGUGAAACCAGCCGAUUCCGUCCAUCAUGCUACUCUUCUGCCCCCAGUGCAGCAACAUCCUCACGGUCUCGUCGGCGUCGGACAGCGGGCGCAACCGGCUCGAAUGCCGCACCUGCCCCUACCAGCACGCCAUCGAGGAGCCUCUGUUUUCGCGACAGUACUUCAAGCGUAAGGAGCGCGAGGACGUCCUCGGCGGGCCCGGCGCCUGGGACAACGCCAGCAAGACCACCGUCCAGUGCAACGUCUCCUCCUGUCCCGGCAAGGAGGCCGCCUUCUACCAGAUCCAGAUCCGCAGUGCCGACGAGCCCAUGACGAGCUUCUACAAGUGCAUGACUUGCGGCCACCGAUGGAGAGAGAACUAGAUAUUCUGGCGGAGAGUCGGUACUGCUGAGGGCUUUUUGUAUUCCUGUUUAUUGGAGUUCGGAGCUGGUGGAAAAGGCGUCGGGGAGGCAUCGGAGCCAGCAUCAAGUCGGCGCCUUCGGAUUAUCGUCGCUCGAGGCCAGGAGUUUGUCAGAUUAGGCCGUAGUCGUUAUACCCCCAACUCGAAUCUGUAUCCUUUUUUAUUUCCUUGUUUUUCUUAGCGUUUCUCUCCUCUUAAUUGUACCUCCCGCGUGCUCCUGUCGUAUCUCCUACCACACAGGCUCGGGACGAAAAUCGUAGCAUCUGCGAGCUGGCGCAUACAGUACCG